AUGAACCGUUUAAUGGUUCAGUUCCAGCAAACAACUGGGCCAUGCAGCUACUCAUCACACUUGGAAAAUCUGGGACCUAAAUACAAUGAUAAAGAACUGACUCCUCUGGAUCUGUUCAGGGAGACACACUGCAGCAAGAUGAAGGGGUUAUCCCCUACAGUAGAAGAUGCACUUGUAAGUCAGCAUGCAAAGCAUUCGCCCUCCUCCCCUUCCGCACCCCCAUCCGGCCCCCUCCCUCCUCCCUUCCGCAGCCGCCCUCCUCCCCUCCCUGCGCGGACGACGACAACGGUGACCAGGAGGAGCUCCUACCACUGCCGCGGCCUCUUUGCCAUCAAGGCCAAGAAUGGCGGAGCCUUCCCCAAGGCCGCGAAGCCUGCCGCCGCCGCUGAGCCCAAGUUCUACCCCGCCGAUGAUGUCAAGCUGCGCACCGUCAGCACCCGCAAGCCGAAGCCCACCAAGCUCAGGUCUACCAUCACGCCCGGGACGGUGCUGAUCCUGCUCGCUAGGAGGUACAUGGGGAAGCGCGUGGUGUUCCUCAAGCCGCUCAAGUCUGGCCUGCUCCUCAUCACUGGUAAAUCGCUGCUGCCUUCGGCACUGCAGUUGCUUUCCUUGAUACCUUGUAUUCUAGCUCAGUAGGGUAGCUGUAUGCGUUGCUGAUUACUGAACUAAGCUCACGGUUAGCUAUCCAAAGUAAUUAUUUCAUGGUAGAAGAUCUCGCUUGUUUUGUUACCCACAUCUAGCUUGUAGUCAGAUAAAUCAGAUCGACCCUGUUACUAGCAUUUGGUUUUGUUUGAUUACUUCGUCUCGUACACCGGCGUUGUACCUGUUGUGUUUGGAAUUGUGCUUUGAAAGGUGGCUUAGGAACUGCACUGAAAUGCCCACGAAAUACCGAAUCUAGUUCUUGCAUUAUUUCUUUUUGGAUUGUGUUACUUGUAUGAGCAUCCGUUGGUAUACAAGUUAUUCCUGGACAUCAGACAAUCUUACAUAUUAUUGUGUUGUAAAGAAGCUGCCAUUGGCAUUUUGUAGUGGACAAGUUCUGAAGUAAAUUCAGGGCUCCUCUUCUUUUUGAGUUUUAAUUCAGUAGAAAUUGUUUUAUUAUUCCUAGCAAGAGAUUCAAAUGACAUGAAUUUCAUAUGUUUGCCUCAUGGUUUAUGAUGUUUGCCAACAGUGAUUUUGCUACUAAAUGUUUCAGUGAGAGCAGCUAUGUUUCUUAUUAUGCUUGCUAGUUACACGAGGUGGGUGCUCAACUUAGGAGUUCAUAAGUAAUUGGGUGCAAGUUUAUAAUGAAAUGGGUGCAAGUUCAUAUGAUGGUCUAUUACUGACACUGAAUUAAAAUGAAUUGGGUGCAAUUUCAUAAGGAUUUGGUCUUUAAUUUUAUUUUCACUUGCCGAUGAUACGUUGCAAACGUAUCUAUAAAUUUUUAUGCUACAUGUUUGUUUUACACCAAUUUCUAUAUGUUUUGUUUACACUUCGUUGCACUUUUAUACAUUUUACGGAACUAACCUAUUGACAAGAUAUCACAGUACCAGUUCCCUGGUUUCUGUUGUUUUGUAUUUCAGAAAAGUUAUAUAGGAAAUAUACUCGGAAUUGUAUGAAACAAAAGUCGAAGUUCCUAUUUUACUGUAGCGAAGAC